CACCAUGAUGAAUGGGGGAGGAAGGGGAGGCAGGCUCCGGUCAAGAGAGCGCGGCGCUGCUGGGCGGCCCAUCACUCGGACGCAGGUGCAGGAUUUCAAGAAGCCCGAUCUUCCCCCCUUGAAAGGCGCACCCAGCGGAAGACGGCAGUAUGCAUACGGAGCUGCGGAGGAACCUUCAAACCUCCGCCGCCCCAGCUUGAAUGGCAUGCCAAUUACUCUCCAGGAGGCCAUGGAUGGCGUCCUUCGCAGACAGGAGAUUCAAGAGGCCAAGGAGGCUGAAGAGCUGAGGCGUUAUGGACAACGGCCGAAUCCUCCCAUCACUCGUAGGUAUGACCAGGGGAGAGAAGCCAGCUUGAGCGACGACGCUUCACAAUCUGGUUCCGACGCUGAGCCAACUCCACAACCAAACGCCGCAAAUUUUACAGCGCGAGCAGCCUUCGAGCAUUCUUUCUUCGAGGAAUCUGAGGAUGACGAGAACGCUGAGGAUGAGGAUGGAGAACUCACUCCAAGUGAUGAUUCCGAUUUGCGGAGUUUCAAUGCCGAGGGCGAUUACUUUGGUAAUGCCUCGUUGAGGUCGUCACCCACGCCGCCGCCAGCCGUCAAACAGAUUCCUUUGACCAGAGCGACGAAACCACCCCGCCCGCCUUCUUCCUUUCUACCAAGCCAACCCGAGGCUGGCAAUGACCAACAUGACCAGAGUACGCCGAGCCGACUCAGUGAAGCUCCGACCAGAGCUUGGGGCGCCUUCAAGAGCCUCCUAGGAGCAAGGAGCCUUGCACCUGUCAGCCCACCCGAUUCUGACACCCAGUUAAGUCAAGGGGCCAGCACUAGCAGGCUUUCGGAACAGAAUCAGUCCACGGCAAGACUGCGUGUCCCCAAUUCAUCGACCAUUCUGGGCUCAGCAAAUCAGUCACGGCUUGCAGGCCAGCGGACAAUACCCCCUCGGAAUGAUGAUGUCCUCCUUGGCCAUACGGUUCCAGCUACUUCCUCCUGGCGUACAUCAGGCAAAUCCGCCAUCCAGCUGGGGCCUCUGUUCCCAACAGAUCACAGCGAGAUGGAUGACGCCAUGCAAGACGACAUUCGAGAGACUGAAGGCCCUGGUCGUCGAAUACGCCAAGAGAACUGGUGGCGUGCUCUCGCGUCUCUCUGUCCCUGCACUUCUCGGCGGCAGCUUCGGCAACGGGACUGGCAAAACGGAGAGAUCGGCUCUCCCACAUAUUCGGACCCGGAAUCUGACGAUGACUCGGAGCUCGAUUCGGCACUCACCGACGACUCCAUCAACUGGCAACAGCUGUUCAACCCCCUCACAUAUUUGCGGGCUAUUUCCUGGUUCUUCAGCGCCGCCAUGGAGAGUGUCGUCAACCUCUUCUCCGGCCUUUUCACGGAUUCCUUACGGGACCGGUUGAUGCGUAUUGGUGAGGUUUUGGUUUACACCGUCAGUGGCUUCUCUUUCGUCCUGCUGGCCGUCGUCUUAUCCAGCAUUGCCAUUGCCAAUCUGCCCAGCUUCGAAGAAGCGCCUUCAGUUUCCGUCCCUUCGGUCCCCGUGCCAAGUUUUCCGGGUUUUGGAGACAUUGCCUCUCAGAUUGGACGCUUCAUUCCAUCCGUUCCUUGGUCCUCACGAAGCGCAUGGGAUGAUUUCCCCGGACUUGACGAGCUGCGAGGCGACCAGUAUGCCGAGUUUCAGGAUCUGAUCAACCAGGUACUACGAGACCUCCGCCUGAUGAAAGGUGCUGGGAAGCUCCACGAGUCGUCAAUCGAGAAGCUCAAUGCGAUCGUUCCAAAAAUGGUGCACAUGACUCUCAAGGACGGAAAGCCUGUCGUCACACAAGAUUUCUGGCAUGCCAUUCGGGAUCUGAUCGAGAAGGACGGCAGCUUCCCCAUGCUGAACAAGGGCAGAAGCGGACAUUACGAACCAUCGGCGGAGAAGCAGUGGAAAGACAUCGCAGCCUGGCUGGCGGGUCGUCCAGAAAUCGCCUCCAAGAUCAACGAGGCGAACGACGGACUGGCCAAGAAGCUGCCGCACAUGUGGGAGGCUUGGGCAACGGACAACCAGCGCAAGGUUGAGCAAACCCUCCGCCCAAUACUGGACAAGAUGAAGAUCACUGGUUCUCUCUCGGACAAGGACAUCGACAAGCGCCUUGAUCAGCUUGUUAAAAAGCACGUGGGGAGCAACAAGAGCGGCAGCACAAUCGUGACUCGGGACUACUUCCUCCAGUACCUGAAGAACGAGUUUGCCAACCAUCGAGCGGAGAUGAUGGCCGAAAUCAGUGAGCUGCAGCCCAGGCUGGAACAGCUCAUUCGCGACUCGGUCGAUCUGGCCAAGAAGGACGACUCUUCGAGCAUGACACGGACGGAGGUUACCAAGCUGGUUGACAGCAUGGUGCGCAACGCCAUUGCCGAUCUCAACCUGGAGGCCAUGGCCAAGGGCAGGAUCCGUGCGCACUGGGAUUCGGAGCUCAAGAAUCAACUCAACUACUUUGGAGUGGGCGCCGGCGCCAUCAUCGAUCCCUCCCAAACCUCGACAACGUUCAAGCCCGACGCCAAACAUCUCAACGACAAGGGCCUCAAGGGAGCUCAACCGUACGCACCCAUCGAGGCUCUUCUCCCGUGGCAUGACGAUGGCGACUGUUGGUGCGCCGCUCGCGAGGUCAACAAACGCGGCAACCCGCAUGGUGCGAAGCUGAGCGUCAUCAUGGCCCACUCGAUCAUCCCGCAGCAUAUCGUGAUUGAGCACAUUCUGCCCGGUGCCACGACAAAUCCCGGGGCACGGCCACGCCAGAUCGAGGUGUACAUCAAGGUCGAAGACAGGGCUGUGAGAGAGCGUCUGCUGGACUUUGCCGCUGCUCACUUGGUCGAAGACGAGUCGGACUGGAACCACACGCCCGCGGACUUGCCUCCGCAGUUUGUCAAGGUCACGCAGUUCACCUACGAGGGCGCGGAACUCCACGACGGCGUCCACGUUCACCGUCUCAGCAACGAACUGAUGGCCCUCAACGCGGAGACGGACCAGGUGAUUGUUCGGGCCGUAAGCAAUUACGGUGCUCCCAAUCACACUUGUUUCUAUCGCAUUCGCCUCUUUGGACAUAAAGUAGGCAAUUAG